UCAUUGAUUUUCAUGAUGUUAAAGGAGACGGAUGUGUGAGCGGAAACUAACUGAGGUUAGAGGAGGAUUUACACUCAACCAGAUAAAUAUCACAGUUUAGUCGUGUUUCAGAUCAAUCUGUGUUUUCAGACAUUUUAAGAGUUACUAUCGUGGGCUUUACAGUGAACUGAUGAAGAAAAUGUUUCUCAAAUUACUUUUGAUCUGUUUGUGUCUGUGUCGUCUGGUUGCAAUGGAGACAGUGUCAGUGACACAGGGAGAUACAGUCACUCUGAACUCUGGUCUUACUGAAAUGAAGGAUGAUGAUGAAAUUCAGUGGAUGUUUGGAAACACUUUAAUAGCUGAAAUCAAUAAACAGGUCAACAGCUUCACUGUACAUGAUGAUGUUCUUGAUGGGAGAUUCAGAGACAGCCUGAAGCUGGACAAACAAACUGGAUCUCUGACCAUCACAGCUCAAAAUACUGGAGUUUUACAUCUAUGGAUCAACCAACUACUGAAGAAAACUUUCCAUCUCUUUGUUCAUGCGAAGGCAGUGUUUUUAUCAGUGACGGAGGGAGAUUCAUUUACUCUGAACCCUGGUCUUACUGAAAUUUUUGAUGGUGAUGAGAUUCAGUGGAAGUUUGGAAUUGAAGAAACUUUAAUAGCUGAAGUCAAUAAAAGGGCCAACAGCUUCACUGUAUAUGAUGAUGUUCUUGAUGGGAGAUUCAGAGACAGACUGAAGCUGGACAAACAAACUGGAUCUCUGACCAUCACAAACACCACAAUGAAACAUGAUGGACUUUAUGAAGUAAAGAGAACUGGAGCAAGAUUUUUAUUUAAAUUAAUCAGUUUUUCUGUCUAUGCUCGUCUGCCUGUUCCUGUCAUCAGCAGUAACUCUUCACAAUGUUCUUCAUCAUCAUCAUCAUGUUCAUUGGUGUGUUCAGCUGUGAAUGUGAGUGAUGUGACUCUCUCCUGGUACAAAGGAAACAGUUUAUUGUCCAGCAUCAGUGUGUCUGAUCUCAGCUUCAGUCUCUCUCUACCUCUGGAGGUGGAAUAUCAGGAUAAAAACACCUACAGCUGUGUGCUGAACAAUCCCAUCAGCAACCAGACUCAACAUCUGGACAUCACUCAACUCUGUCACACAUGUUCAGACUCUGUGAAGCUGUAAUCUCUGCUCUGGUGGGCGUGGCUACUGUCAUUCUUCUGGUUUAUGACUUCAGAUCCAGAAGAGCUGAACGAGAUCAAGCACAUACUCACACAUCAGAAACCUAAAUGAUGAUAUAAUUUCUCAUAACUAUUUCAAUCCUUUUUUAAUCUUCAUUUAUUUGUAAUUGCUUUAUAUAUUCAUCUGCUGGUAUAGAUGUUCAUUUAUCAGCGGAUCAUUUCAACUCUAGAAGAUCAUUUGAGAAAAAUGCAACACUUUGUAACAGUGUUUGUCAGGAUUAAUACUGAUGACUGCUGCUUCCCUUUCUUUUAUUUUCUUUUCUUUUUUCUUUUUUUUUUGUAACAGCUAAUCUUCAUGUUUGAUUGGGGCUUUAAAAAGUACACUUUAAGCAUCUUGUCUGGAGCUCCUCUGAGGCUUAACAUUAAUGUAUGAAAAAAUAAGUGUUAUCUCUUUGCGUUUUUCAGUGUCUUUUUUUCCAUUAAAUUGGUUCAUUUGAAAGGCUUUUAUUGUUUUUAUUUCCCUUAUAAAAGACACUGAUCUCACAAACUGAUAUCCAUAUGCCAUGUAUCUGCCUGUAAUUAUCAAUAAAGUUUCCUCACUCUGA